UGGGACGGAAACCUCUGCAACAUGACCACCUUUGAUGACCUCCUGGAGGAGGCGGGGGCCUUCGGCCGCUGCCAGAAGCGGAUCUUCGCGCUGCUGUGCCUCGUGUCUCUGCCCUUCGCAGGCGUGUACGUGGGCAUCGUCUUCCAGGGCUUCACGCCGGACCACUGGUGCCGGGACCCCGCGCUUGCGGAGCGGAGGCAGGCGUGCGGCUGGAGCCUGGCGGACGGUCGCAGGCUGGCGGCGCCGCUGGUCAACGUCUCCGGAGAGCUGCAGCGCAGCAGCUGUGAGCGUUACGAGGUGGACUGGAACGUCACGGCGCUCACCUGCGAGGCGGAGGAGCCACACCUGAGCGGGAGGCCAACCACCGCCUGCAAGGAGGGUUGGGAGUACGACUACGAGGGCCGGCAGUCCUUUGUUACUGAGUUUGACCUGGUCUGCUCGCAUGGAUGGAUGGCGGACAUGUUCCAGGCCACGCUCAACGUGGGCUUCCUGGUUGGCAGCAUCGCCAUUGGUUACCUAGCUGACAGGUUCGGCAGGAAGAUGAGCUUCCUGAUGUCCACCCUGGUGAACGCCGUCGCAGGAAUCCUGGUGGCGGUUUCCCCGAACUACACGUCCCUCCUGGUCUUCCGAAGCCUCUCUGGGUUUGGAGUGAAAGGAGGCUGGAUGGCCGGAUACGUCCUGAUCACAGAGAUCGUGGGGGUGGAGUUCAGACGCACAGUGGGAGUCCUUUAUCAGAUGUUCUUCAGUGUCGGCCUCCUCAUCCUCCCGCUGCUCGCCUUCUUCAUCACUGACUGGCGCUGGCUGCAGCUCGCCAUCACGGCGCCGUACAUCCUCUUCCUGUCCUACUACUGGUUUAUCCCAGAAUCUCCUCGAUGGCUUCUGUCUCAGAACAAGAAGUCCCAAGUGGUGAAGAUCACAGAGUCCAUUGCCAAAGAGAACCGGAGGGUUCUGUCCAAGAACAUUGAGACUCUGACGGAUGAUGAUGCCGAUUCCAACAGCGCCUCCUUCAUGGACCUGAUCAGAACCCCAAACAUGAGGAAGCACACCCUCAUUUUGAGCUACAACUGGUUCACCAGCGCCGUGGUCUACCAGGGUUUGAUCAUGCGCCUCGGCAUUCUGGGAGGAAACGUCUACGUGGACUUCCUCAUCUCCGGUCUGGUGGAGUUCCCCGCUGCUUUUCUCAUCCUUUUCACCAUAGAAAGAAUCGGCCGGCGCCUUCCGUUUGCCUCGGCCAACAUGGUGGCCGGAGCUUCCUGUCUCAUCACCGCCUUCCUCCCUGACGACCUGUUCCUGUUGAAGACGGUGGUGGCCUGCAUCGGCCGGCUGGGCAUCACCAUGGCUUUUGAGAUGGUGGUGUUCGUCAACACGGAGCUGUACCCCACCUUUGUCAGGAACCUGGGGGUGUCGGUGUGUUCCACUCUGUGUGAUGUUGGCGGCAUCGUGGCUCCCUUCCUGCUCUACAGGCUGGCUGUUAUCUGGCUGGAGCUGCCGCUCAUCAUCUUUGGAUUCCUUGCGUUCCUGGCUGGCGGUUUGGUUCUGCUGCUUCCUGAGACCAGAGGCGUGCCGCUGCCCGACUCCAUCCAGGACGUGGAGUUCCCAGAAAGAGUAAAACAGGAAGCUCAGCGGAUCGUCCUGCUGCCCCCCCUCAGCAAAAACGGCCAAGGUUUGAGCAACAAAGACUCUGCGUUGGUUUAGCAGUCUGUGGAGGUUCUGCACGUCUCAAGAGGAAACCUGCAGCCGAGGCCCCCAGUACUCAGAGGAGAAAGAUCAAAGGCUUUUCAGGAAAGGCGGAGCUUCAUCGAAGCAACAGAAAAGCCUGAAGACCGACCGCUUUCACACUUCAUCCAACGAUGCUGCAAGGCAGCAACAACAACAAUGGGGGGCAGUGGUCGCUCAGAAAACCCCCUCGAUUGACAUUAACCACAAAGCCAGCGUUUUCUCCCACUCUUUUGUUGAAAUCAUGAUUUUUUUUUGGUGUCAGGUUCGUUCAAAUGUGUUCAAAGUUCUGCUGCUUUGGUACUAAAUGACUAAAUGAGGUGGAGGUUCUGAAGGUUGUCAUCUAUGUGUCACAAAACCUUGAAAAUAGAAAAUCCUCUGAUAUAAAUUAAGAUCUGGAAUUGAAAUCAAUGAUUUUUUUUGUUUUUCCUUAAAUAAAGCUCCGGUAUGUUCCUG